AUGAUUUUACGGCAUUGCUCCUACCGGCUGCCACUGUGCCUCUUCUUUCUGAUUUCUCUCAUUGCUACACACGCCUCUGCUUCCAUUGGUGACCACCUGGAAACCUUCAAGACCUGCGUAGAGAUCUGCAAGAAGGAGAAUUGCGAAAGCAGCAAUCCGACGCCAAUUCCUCUACUCCGCAAACUCCUGCUCUGGGACUGCCCAGCGGAAUGCGACUACACCUGCCAGCAAAUAAUCACCGAGCAACGCGUCGCCGCGUCCGAAGAUAUCGUCCAAUUCCACGGGAAAUGGCCCUUCUACCGCUUCAUGGGGAUGCAGGAGCCGUUCUCCGUCUUCUUCUCCCUCCUUAACUUCCUCGCCCACCGGAAUGGCCUAUCGAAAAUCACCUCCAGUAUCCCGGCCUCCUACCCCCUGCGGAAGUACUACGAGGUCUUCGCAUACUUUGGCAUGGCGAGCUGGGUGUUCAGUAUGAUCUUCCAUACAAGGGACUUUGCGGUUACGGAGCAGCUGGACUACUUCGCGGCUGGGGGAAGCGUUCUGUAUGGUUUCUACUAUGCCCCCAUCCGGAUCUUCCGAAUGGACCAGGGGGGGAAGAAGGGGAAGUCGGUUUUGCGCGCCUGGACGCUGCUAUGUAUCAGCAUGUACGUAGCGCACGUCACAUACUUGAAGUCGUACAAGUGGGACUAUGCAUACAAUAUCGCGGCCAACGUUGUGGUUGGAGUGAUCCAUAACUUGCUGUGGAGUUGGUUCAGUUUUGUCAAGUAUAAGAGGUCGGGACGGGUCUGGGCGAUGUGGCCGGGAUUUGUGGUUGCGUGGGUCAUGGUGGCUAUGAGUUUGGAGGUCCUGGACUUUCCACCCCUCCUUGGAUGCUUGGAUGCCCAUAGUCUGUGGCAUCUUGGAACGGUUGUUCCGACGAUUGUUUGGUAUAAUUUCUUGAUUAAGGACGCCCAGGAUGAUAUGGCAGGACAGAGGCUAAAGUCAUGA